AUGUUUUCAUCAGCUGGUUCUUCCUCCGUUACUUCGCUCCUUUCUGUUUUUCCGUCACAUGGAAGCUAACCGGCUAACUCAAAAGUCACCAUGGACGUGAGCCGGUUCACACCGGGACGGAGACGCGGUGCCGCCGGACAACGAUAACACCUGACCCCCCCGUCCCGCCCCGUCCCCCACCACCCCUCCCUCUGCCCAGUCUGUCCCGGUUAUCGAGUGACGUCGUCGGUUAUCUGUGAGACUUUUGCCCCUUCAUCCCGCCGCCGCGGCUCCGCGCUAGCUGGACAAGCUAACUAGCUGGUUAUAAAGCGGCUCCACUAACCUGCCGACUCACCGACUGGGCAUGCGCGAUGGCGUCGGUUCGGGUCGCGGUUCGGGUCAGACCCAUGAACAGAAGGGAGAAGGACUUGACCGCAAAAUGCAUCAUCAAGAUGGAUGCGACCAAAACCUCCGUCACCAACCUGAAGAUCCCCGAUGGCAUCGGAGCCGAUUCGACGCGGGAUCGAACCAAAACGUUCACGUACGACUUCUCCUACGACUCCACGGACUGCAAGAGCUCCUCGUUCGUCUCCCAGGAGAAGGUUUUCAAAGAUCUGGGCUCGGACGUGCUGAGGGCGGCGUUCGAGGGCUACAACGCCUGCGUCUUCGCCUACGGUCAGACCGGCUCGGGGAAGUCCUACACCAUGAUGGGAAAUCCAGGGGACGCAGGUCUGAUCCCGAGGUUCUGUGAAGGCUUGUUCAGUCGUAUCGCCGCGGCAACUCGGUGGGACGAAGCUUCGUUUCGCACGGAAGUCAGCUACCUGGAGAUCUACAACGAGAGGGUGAGAGACCUGCUGAGGAGGAAGUCCUCUCAGACCUACAACCUGCGAGUCAGGGAGCACCCGAAGGACGGGCCCUACGUCGAAGAUCUGUCCAAACACCUGGUGCAGAACUACAGCGACGUGGAGGAGCUGAUGGAGGCCGGGAACAUCAACCGCACCACCGCCAGCACCGACAUGAACGACGUCAGCAGCCGCUCGCACGCCAUCUUCACCAUCAACUUCACGCAGGCCAAGUUCGAUGCCGAGAUGCCCAGUGAGACGGUCAGUAAGAUCCACCUGGUCGAUCUGGCCGGCAGCGAGCGAGCCGACGCCACCGGAGCGACCGGCGUGCGCCUGAAAGAAGGAGGGAACAUCAACAAGUCGCUGGUCACCCUCGGCAACGUCAUCUCCGCUCUCGCCGACAUGACGCAGGACGGCGUGAACACCAACCUGAGGAGGAAGGCGGUGUUCGUCCCCUACAGAGACUCGGUGCUCACCUGGCUGCUGAAGGACAGCCUGGGCGGCAACUCCAAGACCAUCAUGAUCGCCACCGUCUCCCCCGCCGACGUGAACUACGGCGAGACGCUCAGCACUCUGCGCUACGCCAACCGAGCCAAAAUCAUCAACAAGCCCACCAUCAACGAGGACUGCAACGUGCGGCUGAUCCGAGAGCUGCGGGCUGAGAUCGUCCGCCUGAGGGCUCUGCUGAUUCAGGGCAACCAGAUCGCUCUCCUGGAUUCGCCCACGGCUCUGAGCAUGGAGGAGAAGCUGCACCAGAACGAAGCCAGAGUCCUGGAGCUGACGAAGGAGUGGACCAACAAGUGGAACGAGACGCAGAACAUUCUCAAGGAGGAGACUCUGGCUCUGAGGAAAGAGGGCAUCGGCGUCGUGUUGGACUCCGAGCUGCCGCACCUCAUCGGCAUCGACGACGACCUCCUCAGCACCGGCAUCAUCCUGUACCAUCUAAAGGAGGGACGGACGUACGUGGGCCGAGAGGACGCGUCCACACAGCACGACAUCAUCCUGCACGGUCUGGACCUGGAGAGUGAACGCGUGUUUGAGAACCAGAACGGUAAAGUGACCCUGGUGCCGCUCGGGGGGGCUCAGUGCUCCGUUAACGGGGUUCAGGUGACGCAGUCGUCACAGCUCAACCAAGGUGCGGUUAUUCUGCUCGGCAGGACCAACAUGUUCCGGUUCAACCACCCGAAGGGGGCCAAGCUGAGGGAGAAACGAAAGAGUGGCCUGCUCUCCACAUUCAGCCUCUCCAUGACGGAUCUGUCCAAGUCCUGCGAAAGCCUGUCCACCGUGAUGCUACAACCCGGGCUGGAGUUUGAGAGACAGCAGAGAGAAGAGCUGGAAAAACUGGAGCUGAAACGGAGGCUGAUCAAAGAGAUGGAGGAAAAGCACCAGAGUGAGAAGGCAGAGCUGGAGCUCCUCCAGCAGGAGGUGGAGAGUCAGCGUAAGGAGUCCGAGGAGGUGCAGCAGCGGAUCCUCCAUCAGGAGGAGAGCCUCCGCCGCCGCAGCCAGGACAUCGAGAGCCGCCUGCGAGACUUCCUGGCCGAGAAGGAGCGCUUCGAGGAGGAGAGGCGCUCGGAGAUCCACGCGGAGGACCCCCUGCGGGGGAAACCUCUGCAUGAGGAGGAGGAGGAGGAGGGCGAAGCAGGGGAGCAGCGGCGGCAGCAGGAGGCCGCCGAGCAGACCGAGAUCUACCGCGAGCUGGAGAGGCUGAAGAGGGAGCGCGAGGAGCAGAAGGUCCGUCUGGAGGCGGAGCGGCGGCGGCUGGAGGAGCAGGAGCGCGAGCAGCUGAGCCUGGUGGGGCGGCUGGAGGAGCAGCUGAGGGAGAAACGCGAGGCCGCCACCGCCCUGCUGACCCGGGAGGAUGCCCGCCGCCUGGAGGAGGAGCGCCGGGCCCUGGCGGAGAUCAGAGAGGCGCUCCUCCGCGCCAAGGAGACCGCCGAGCGGCCGGACGUGGAGGACGCCGGCGAGGAGGCGAGAGCCGCCCAGGCGCGCUACACGGUCUUCAAGGAGGCGCAGGUGAAGGAACUGGGCCGGCUGGAGGAGGGGCUCCGGCAGCAGAGGGAGCGCCUGGAGAAGGAGGUCGCCGCCGAGCGCGGCGCGCUGCUGCGCCUCGCCCACGGCCUCAAGGAGCGACGCCGGCAGCUGAAGGACACCCAGGAGAAAGGGGCGCAGGACGCCACGGCCGUCUGCCAGGAGGAGCAGCUGGUCAAGCAGGCGGAGCAGAGGCUGCAGUUCAAGGAGCGCCAGCUGGCCAGCGUGGCCGACGGCCUCCUCCCCGCGCUGGCCGAGGAGAAGCAGCGCGCCGCGGAGAUGCUGGAGCGCAGCGGCGGCGGCAGCAACGGGAACUGCGACAGCCCGCCGGGGCUCGACAACACGCUGUUCCAGGUGGAGAAGGAGCUGGAGGACAAGGAGGAGAAGCUGCACCUCCACCGGCACGGCGCCCAGCAGCUGCAGCAGCUCCGGGAGACCUACGAGUUCACGGCCAACGUGGCGCGGCAGGAGGAGAAGGUGAGGAGGAAGGAGACGGAGAUCCUGGAGUCCAAGGAGAAGCAGCAGCGGGAGGCCAUGGAGCAGGCGGUGGCGCGGCUGGAGAGGAGGCACUCGGCCCUGAGGCGCAGCGUCUCCCUGGAGCCCGACGGCGAGGAGCAGAGACACAAGAGCGUCCAGAACCAGAGGACGGGGGCCGGCCCGGACCAGCAGAGAGUCGAGCGGGAGCUCCAGAAGCUGAGGCGGAGGAUCAGCGAAGGAGGAGAAGACGACAACAGGACUCGCGCCGUCGGCAACGAGGAGAAGACGAGUCACAGCGUCCAGAGUCUGAACGCGCCGCUGUCGGACGACCGGAUCAACGCGUACAUCGAAGAGGAGGUCCAACGGAGGUUGCGCAAGAUCAAUCUCCUCAACGGCAGCGGCAGCAACGCGGACCUUUCUCUGUCCUGUGAUUCACUCCGGGAUGACGAAAAGCUUCAAAACAUUAAUCCAAGGAGGCUUAAAUAUGAGCACCUGGUCUGCCGUCCUCUCGGGUCGAGCUGCGACGGCCUGCAGGAGCUCGUUAAAAUUAGCAUUCCUCGCUACGUUCUCCGCGGGCAGGGGAAGGACGAGCACUUUGAGUUCGAGGUGAAGCUGGCCGUGAUGGACGAGAUGUGGGCCGUGUUCAGGCGCUACAGCCGCUUCCGGGAGAUGCACAAGAGCCUCAAACUGAAAUACCCGGAGCUGGCAGCUCUCGAGUUCCCUCCCAAGAAACUGUUUGGAAACCGAGACGAGCGGAUGGUCGCCGAGCGCCGGAACCACUUGGAGCGUUAUCUGAGGAACUUGUUCCGGGUGAUGCUGUCGUCCUCCAGCUCUCCCCUCAGAGCCGACGCGGACGGCGGCUUCCACCUCACCAAACACGCCAUCUGCGAGCUCUCGCCGUUCUUCAAGAAGGGCGUCUUCGAGUACAGCAGCCACGGCACCGGCUGACCCCGCCUCCAGAAAAAAAAGGGGAAGAACGAAACCACCCCCCCCCGCCCCGCCCCGCCCCGCCCCGAAAAAAAGAAGUAGGAAAAGUCAGCGCUCUGUUUUAAAGAGUUUAAUUUCUACGUCGUAGCAAUAAACCGCUAUAUUCUAAUAUAUUUCCAUGCAGCUGUGAUGUUUAUGGCCACGCCCCCCUCUUGUAGAAGAGUGUGUGAGAGUGAGAUCAAAGAAAAAUGGCAAAAGAGUCACGUUUAGUUUUAGCUUCUUUGCCGUUUUAAUGUCAUCAUAUGGAGAAUAUCUUUGGUCCGAUGGGCAGAACAACGCGUUUGACUCUAGGAAAUUAAUGUUGGGCAUUCUUGACAUUUUACGAUAUCGAUAUAUAAAAAAAAAAAAAGGGAAUCUAUAGGUGAGCAUAGCGAGGCAUUAACACCGGCGGGAGAACGGGGGUUCGAAUCCCAGAACGACUGAAUAAUACGGAGGCGGAGCCACAAUGUGGUCGUCUUGACUUGUUUGUAGUUAAAGAAGACGACAAAAACACUGAAACCAGUCGCGUGUUAACUGGUUCGUUAAGAGAUCUCCACCUGAUGGGGUUCCUCGUUAGUGAUGGAGGAUGAACAAUGGAAACGUUUAAAGGAACAGUGUUGCAUUUACGGGGGAAUCUAUUGGCAGAAAUGGAAUAUAAUAAUAAACACGCUGGCCCUUUAAGUGUUUUUGUAGUCCCUCUGGUUAAUAACUCGGAGAUGAAGAUAAAUACUCCACAGCUUACAUUUGGAAGGAAUCUCUUAAUGUCCAGCAUGAACAGGAAGAUUAAUAUAUAAUAAGGAUUAAAAAAAAACGGUUUUCAGUUGUCAAAGUGCCCUUUUUGUUGACUUUCAGCUGCCAAAUAAUAUUUAGAACCCGCAAAUGACUGAACGGUGUCCAAAAAAAGAAAGGAAGACGUAGUUCUACUGCAUUUUCUUGACACGUUUAUAAUAAUGUGUGUUUUAUCUGCUGUACAAAUGGAGGAGCAACCCGCUGCACCGACGGCCUCAAAAGGAUGCGUUCAAAGAACUGUUGUAAAGUACGGCGUCACUUUGUUCAUUGGAGCGAUGCGCGUAAUAUCAGAACCGAGCGUCCGAUGCAUUUCAACUCGUCAUAAUUCCCAAAAUUCGCGCGUUUAUGAAGCUGCGGCGACUGUUUUCUCUCUUGUGUGCACUAAGGUUGGGUGGCUGUGUUUUGGCGGCCAUUUUUCUUUUCCGCGUCGGCGCGAAUUCAAAACUCAUCUUUGACCGAUCGACUUCGAAUGCAUUAUUUUUCCUCUUUUUUUUUCUCCAAAUAGUACAAAAGUACGCAGAUACGAAUAAUUAAUUCAGAGGCAUUGUUUCGCUGAUUUUAUUUUCCAAAAGAAGACGAGCGAUCCGAUCGUGAAGUCGUCCUCACGGUUGUUGUUAUCCGUGUGAACAGGAAGCUGGUUUGUGGAGCCCACUUGACUGCUUCCUGUUUGUUUGUUUGUUUGUUUGUGUCUCCAUAAGCCAUAAGACUGGGAGUGUAUAAAGUGUAAAUGUUGAUGUGCAUAGUUUUUCUAUACGAUGUGCUCGUCUGUGAUGUAAACUGUUGACAUUGAAUGUCAGUAAAAGGAACGUACCACA